CUUAAUCAAAAUAAAAAUAAUAAACAUAACCUACAGGAUAUAUAUGUGCUCCGUUCCCUUCUUCGAGGAUUGCGCCGGCAAUUUUGAUUCUUCAUCUUCUUCAAUAUAUAAACGACGGCACAAUCAACCGGCGGUAAUGAUGAUUGGCGGCAAUCGGCGAUGGGAGCGAUGACCAAAAAAAAGGUCCAGGCCCUAAGAUUCCUGUCGAGUUUGGACUCCGGUAGCUAUCUUGAUCAAGGGGUCAGCCGGGAACCCCAAAUAAACCUUCAUAUACUCCUUCUCCACCAAUUUCGAAUUCCUCAAGCCCUAAAAGAUAUCCGGAAUCUCUCGAUAAGCUUCUUCUUUCCUUUUCAUUCAUUCACAGAUCGGGGAUUGCGAUUUCCAGAUGGGGAUCAUAAGGAGCUCUUUCAAUUUCCUGUUCGGGACGGCGGUGGGGGUUUACAUCGCCCAGAACUACAACGUCCCCGACCUCAACAAGUUCUACCGGACCGGCGUCGUCAUCGCCAAGCAGUGGGAGGAGAAUUACCGGAAGCCGAAGAAACCCGAAGGAGAUCAGUAGUUAGUAUGUGCCUUUUCUUUUUUUUCCCUGCGAUUUUCGGUUUUUCCUGAGCCGAUUGGCGGUGAGGAAUUUGUUGGAUCUCUUAGUGUUUCAAGUCACGAAUGAUAUUAUCAAUGCAGAUUGAAGGUUACUGA